UGGUAUAUAAACGUAUGAUUGGCCAAGGGGCGGCUAGUCAUUUAGUCAGUGUCAUUUGUGUUGUUAAAAGUCGCAUAUACGGCUAGAAAGUGCUAGAACCUUUGAUCGGAAACAAAAAUUGUGUAUACAUGUACAUAAAUAUAUGCAUACAUACAUAUAUCGAAAGCAUUAAUUUUAACAAGCGGAACAGGAACUAAACAGAAAAAAGAUAUUUGUUCACUAUUUUCGAUUUUUUGUGGUAAUAAAUAGAGACAUUUCAAACAAGUGAAACAUUAUGCAAAAAUAUCAUAAGCUGUGUCUAUACGCUGUGUUUUUGUUGUUGUCCUGCUGGAGCUCACAGACAUGGUCAGCAUAUUUGCCAGUGAAUGAGGAACUUAACUUUAAUCAAUUGGAAAGGUUACAAAAGCAACAAUCUCAGCGGCAUUUAUAUACACAACAUUCAGCAGACCAAAGGCAGAUCAGCAAUAAGGACGAAAAACAAAGCGCAGGUGAAACGACCGCAUCAGCAGACACAAGUAAUGUCCCAAUACCAGCAUGGUAUACCGAUACAGACGAAGAUAUCGCUGCUGCGCCGGCUAAUUGGCAAUUAUUACCUCAUGGAUCAUACGAUAAAAACGAUGACGUAGUGGCUGGCAAUGUGCCAACACAUGCGGUGGCGUGGUCCGAUCGCGCGUAUGAAAAUAGCUAUGUGUACGAUGCAUUUGACAGCGACGACGACACCGAAAUCGACAACGUUGAAACCGGCAAAGAAUUAACCAACGCACAAAGUAUAUUGAGUCGCAAGCGACGCGGUUUCGAUGAUUGGCUCAUAGCGCCGCAUACACGUUGGUGUGGGCGUGGCAAUAAUGCCAACAACAAUUACAAUCAGCUUGGUGGCGCUUCAGACGCGGACAGAUGUUGCCGGCGGCAUGAUCAUUGUCCCGUUUAUAUAUCGGCAUUCAGUAAUCGGUACGAAAUUUUCAACUAUCGGCCAUACACAUUGUCGCAUUGCAGUUGCGAUCGACGUUUCCGUGCCUGCCUGAAAAUGAACAACGACGAGCCGUCGAACACCAUCGGGCAGCUCUUCUUUAAUAUGGUGCCAUCACAAUGUUUUAUACUACGUAAUGAAAAGCAUUGUUUGGAACGUGAUGCGAAAGGUAACUGCGUAAAGGAGACAACGCGAAAACAUGCCUAUGUGCGUGAAAAUGAAAAGUACUAAAUAUUACGUGCAUUCACAUAUAUGUAUGUAUGUGUAUGGAUGCGUGUAUGCAGCAACGAAAAAAUUGUCCCAAAAGACAUGCAGAAAUGAGACUGGGCAGUUUUGUCGAGCGUAAUUGGGCUUACGAAGCCUUACGAAGCUAAUGCAGGUGUAAAAAAAAUAUCGAGAAAAUAAAAUUAAAACAAAGACGAUUUAAACAUUUUGUUUGGUAGGCGUGUUAUGUGCGUACGUGCAGCGCUAGCUGGAAAACCGUUAAAUGCAUAACUAUGAACAAUAUGUAAACACGCUUUGAAUUCAAAUGGCUUACCGUAAAAGCGCAGCUGACUAUACAUUUCAGUCAC